AUGUCUGAUCAUGGCAGCAAUCAAUCGAGGCGUUCCUCAUCCCAGAACUCCCACGCCUCCAAUGAGAUCAAAAAACCAAAGACUCUUCGUGGAGUGCCCAAACGACAUGGCUCCAAGACAUCUACCAAAUCAAACGAACUCGAAGAUCCUGCCCUGACCUCCUUCCCAUCCUUUACGCCCGAAGCAGACAUCAAGUCGUCGAGAAGUGGUCAAGAGGUGGCAGCCAAACCAGCAAGAACAAUCUCUCAGAAAGCGAGAGAUAGGAAGUUGACUCUUGCCGGGUUGACAAAUGCAUCACCCUCCUUCAACAAACAGAACGCCCUGUUUGAUGAUUCACCGCGUUCUUCCCUGGACAUUCCGGGAUCCCUGCAUCUGGGAAGUGAUGAACACAUUGAGCGACUCAUAGCCCGAACAGGUGCAGUUAAAUUGGUUCGUCAAUAUGCUGCUGAUCUAGCGCAGCGCGAUGCAGAGAUAUCAGCUCUGCGGGUGCGAGCAGAUAACCGAGAACGAGAAUUGAAGAAACUGCUACGAGAAGUGAAUGUAUCGACAUCAGAUGUCGAAAGGCGCCUCCUUCGGCUUGAACAAAGUCCAGAAGUCUCAAUCUUCGUCAAAUCAAGUCCAGCUACUACAGACCGUGUGGUUUCAGCUACAUCUCUUGAUGGCAUGAUGAGUGAAGCGAUGGCACACGGUCUUGUAACCGAUAGCCCCGUUGAAGGCUUUCCCAUUCUCGACACAAGCGCCGGAUUACCAGGCUCGAAACCCGAAACACAAAGCAAUCGGAGCAGGACAGGGUCACAAGAAAUAAAUCAGCUAAAGGGGAGCGGAACAGCAAGCCGAGCAAACAGUAUUCUUAGUGAGAGCAGCCAAGACAUGGACGCUACUAUCCGGCCUCGCGGUUCUGCGUCAACUUCAAACAAGUCUGCAUCACUCCAGAACAUGUUUCAGGCCCCUUCGCAGUCCUCGUCGAGCUACUUUAUUGGUGGCAAACCAGGGAGAAAGGUGAAGCUUGGCGACGAGGCUAGUGUUCGGUCGAAUCAAUCUGGGAGGUCUUUUGCUUCUUGGACCCAAAUAUUCAGCGGAAGAUCUCAAAAUGCCAGAUCUCGGGCAUCUUCAUUGGGACAAGAUGCCGUUCCACCAGCCGCAGCAGCAAAUGAAAUCGAAGCAACCCCAAGCGGACUAUCCAAAACUCGAACAAAUCCAUCGUUGGUGCCAAAUAAGUCUACCCAGUCGCUCCCAGCUGCUGCAAACCAAAAGGGUCGACCGGGUACCAAAAGAUCUACUACGACGAGCAGGCUUUCCGCCAGCCCAAAUCACGUAAGAAAAGAAUCGAAUGCUAGUAGUCUGCCACCGACCGUCGAAUUGGACUCGAUGAUCGAGAGCUCACAGUUGCCGCCCACCAUGACAACCAACAACAUCGACAACUAUGGGCUAUUAACCGAUCGUUUCGGUUUUAUCUAUGAUCAGAAACGCAAAAGACAAACUUUGCAAAUGCGACAGCACAAAAAGAACAAGAUGAGUGGAGCCGAAACUAUUGCAAGCUUCCGCGACGGCGAAAGCCCGCAAACGGAAGCACUGCUGCUAGUGGAAAGGCCACUAACCCCUGCAUCCAUCGAUGAAGAAGCUCCCAAGAAGUCCUGGCAAGAUUAUCUUAAAGUAUCUUCAACAUUAAACCCUGGACGACCUAAAGAACUCUUAUCACAUACUCCAUCUGCUGGAGCUGUCGUGACAGUCAGUACCUUCGAUGCAGAAGGCACAAUCACUCCUCCACGUCAUCGAGAAAUUUCUGUUUCUAUAUCAGCCUCGAAAGCUCUACCGUCGCUAAGUGGAGUUACAGAGCCGCAGUCAUCUACUGUGAAUGCCACUUCAGGUGACUUUACACCUGAUUCAGACACUGACAACCCAAGUGACUCCGGGCCCGCAAGGUUGUUGCUUGAACAACUGACGGAAUUACAUGAUUCGCUUCAGGCGGAGCGAGAUGUACGAUGGAAUGACUUCUUGCGUCGUGUUCGAGCUGAGAGGGCAAACAACACUGAUCGAGCCGCCAAUAAUACACCGGAAGCAGAAAUAAUUAACGGAGAGCUGAUUGGAAUCGCAUCGUUAGGGCGAUCCACCAAGACAAAGAACAAGUAUUUGCAUUUCAAAUCACUCGUUUUAGCAGGAAUUCCAGUAUCUCUUCGACCUAAGAUCUGGGCUGAGUGCUCUGGCGCCACAGGGUUGCGAAAUCCAGGAUAUUACGAAGAUCUUGUUGUGCGCUCUCAGGACGGGUCUGACGUUGAUCCAGAUAUUGCAAAUCAGAUCAAAGCAGAUGUUCGUCGCACCUUGACUGACAAUGUCUUCUUCCGUCAAGGACCCGGCGUUCAGAGGCUUGAGGAACUACUACGGGCCUAUUCAUUGCACAACCCUCGAAUUGGCUAUUGUCAAGGAAUGAAUCUGAUUACGGCCUCUCUGCUGUUGAUUUGUGCCACAGCAGAAGACUGCUUUUGGCUUCUGGUCGCCAUAAUCGAUGUGAUUCUUCCUAGCCAAUAUUUCAGUUCGACCUUGCUGGUUGCGAGAGCCGAUCAAGUUGUUCUUCGGCAAUAUGUUUCUGAAGUACUACCAAGAUUGAGCGCAAAGCUUGAAGAGCUCGGCGUUGAACUGGAAGCUUGCACCUUUCACUGGUUCUUGUCUCUGUAUGCCGGCGUUUUGACCGGCGGUGAGGCGCUCUAUCGUGUUUGGGACGUGAUUCUUUGUCUGAACAGCUCUGACGCUACUCCAUUCACCCUCAAUACAACACGAAACCUCACCGUCGACAUGUCCGCCCUCAGCAUUGGCAGCGCACCGGCCACACCAGUAACGCCCAGUAUGCCAAACAGGGAGCGCGAGGAUGAUGAGCAUGACGGCACUAGCUCACCUUUCCUAUUCCAGCUCGCCUUGGCGCUUCUGAAGCUUAAUGAGAAUGCCAUACUGGCACUUACGUCGGCAGCCCAAGUAUAUACCUAUAUCAAUCAUAACAUGACCAAUCAUGCUAUUAGUAUCGAUCAACUUGUUCAAGCGAGCGAAGCGCUCCGAACAAGUGUUAAAAGGAACGAGGUGCUCGAGAAACGCAGAGCAGCGAUCAAGGAACUUGGUGUUUAG